CUAUUUAAAAGUUGAAAGUGUAAUUAUGGUUUGGGAUCAAUGUCAGCGUGUCCUUCGGAGGCGGGCGAGUUCAGACGGAUGGGUUCUCUCAGGUCUGGCGUGCUCGUGCUGAUGCUGGGAUUGACUGACGGAGUGCUUCGGUGAGCCUCUAGAUUGUGUUUUGAGGAUAUUGGGUUUAAAUAUUCAAAAUGGCGGACGGAGGAGCAGCGAGUCAAGAUGAGAGUUCAGGACCAGAUUCUAGAAUGAGUAAUCCAUCGGAAACAAGUAAAUGUGCAAUGGAGAGCGGGGACGAAAGCACUGGUGCCCAAACAAAUGGACUGGACUUUCACAGGCAGACUGUGCAAACAACAAGCGCAAUCACCAACGCACACGCACAGGCCUUGCUCCAACAGUUGACUUUUACUCCAGCGCAGCAGCAGUUAUUGCUGCAGCAGGCUCAGGCUCAGCUCUUAGCAGCAGCGGUGCAGCAUUCAGCCAGCCAGCAGAGCAACACUACAGGAGCCAGCAUCUCUGCCUCUGCUGCCACCCCCAUCACCCUCUCCCAACCCAUCCAGAUCACACCUCAAUUACAGCAACUGCAACAGCAGCAGAACCUCAACCUGCAGCAGUUUGUGCUGGUCCAGCCGGGCCACCACAUCGCAACACAGCUGCAGCCGACGCAGUUCAUCAUCUCGCAGACACCACAGGGCCAGCAGAGUCUCCUGCAGGCCCAGAACCUUCUAACUCAACUACCUCAAAGCCAAGCCAACCUCCUGCAGACCCAACCGAGCAUCACACUUGCCACACAGCCUGCUACACCUACACGCACGAUAGCAGCGACCCCCAUCCAAUCCCUUCCUCACAGCCAGACGACACCAAAGCACAUCGACACACCCAGCCUGGAGGAGCCCAGCGACCUGGAGGAGCUAGAGCAGUUUGCCAAGACCUUCAAACAGCGACGCAUCAAACUGGGCUUCACGCAGGGGGAUGUUGGCCUUGCCAUGGGAAAACUUUAUGGAAACGACUUCAGCCAGACCACCAUUUCUCGCUUUGAGGCCUUAAACCUGAGCUUUAAAAACAUGUGCAAACUGAAGCCUCUGCUUGAAAAAUGGCUCAAUGAUGCAGUGCGCGCUGUUUGUGCAGAGAACCAGACGUCUGACCAGGCCCUGUCCAGUCCCAGCUCUCUUGGCUCGCCUGGGCUGGGCUUGGAGGGUCUGAAUCGGCGCCGCAAGAAGAGGACCAGCAUCGAGACCAACAUCAGAGUGGCCUUAGAAAAGAGCUUUCUGGAGAACCAAAAACCUACCUCUGAGGAGAUCACCAUGAUUGCGGACCAGCUCAACAUGGAGAAGGAGGUGAUCCGAGUAUGGUUCUGUAACCGCAGACAGAAAGAGAAGAGGAUCAACCCACCCAGCAGCGGCAGCGCCAUCAGCACUCCUAUCAAAGCAAUCUUCUCUCCCACUACAGCUCUGGCACUGAGUACAGCAAGUCUUGUGACCAGUAACACACCGACUACAAUGACUGUAAACCCAGUUAUGCCUCUCACCAGCACCAGUGUCUCCAGUUUUACUGGCACAACUGUUGGCUCAGCUACCACUAACACUGCAUCGGUCAUCUCCACUGCACCUGUAGUCACCACAGCAGCAUCCUCUCCUUCGAUCAGCCCUUCCCCCUCCGCAGCACAGGCGUCCUCCUCAGAGCAGACUUCAGCUCAGGAGAUAUUGACGGCAGUAAGUCAGGCACCUUGCUCCUUGGCGACAACUCUGUGCACUGGGCAGGUGAUGGUGGCGGCGCCCAGCCUCUCAGCCGCUCUGCAAGGAGCCACUCAGCUGCCCACCAGCGCCAGCAUCGCUGCCAUGGCUGCAGCCGCAGGCCUCAAUCCUGGCCUCAUGGCGUCCUCACAGUUCAAUCCUGGCGGAGCUCUUCUAAGUUUGGCACCUGGUGGUCUUGGAAGCGCUUUGAGUCCAGCACUGAUGAGCAACAGCACCUUGGCCACUAUCCAAGGUCUGUGGAGCGCUCUGGCAUCUAGUGGCACUCUGCCCAUUACAUCUCUGGACGGGAGCGGGAACUUUCUGUUUGCCAACACCUGUGCUGGCAGCACCCCUAACCUCGUGACGGCACCCCUCUUUUUGAACCCUCAGAACUUGUCACUGCUUGCCAGUAACCCGGUCAGCCUGGUGUCUGCAGGAGGGGCAACGGGAGCCCUCAACCUGCACAUCACCACCGAUGCCCACCAGAGCGCUGUUACCACUGCAACUAUGCCCGCCUCCACCAUCACCACGGCCUCUAAGGCCCAGUAAAAGCUUUACCCUCUCCUCUCCUAGAACCCUUUCCUCUUUCUAAGUUUUUCUUUAAUAUCUUGCUACCACCAAAAACGAACCUACUAAAUGGGAUUUAUUGUUGUUUUAAUGUUUAAGUUUGUAUGUCCUAACUUUUCACAUAUCUUUUACACCUUAAUCUGUGAUGUUUGGACCUCAUUGAUGGUCAACCUUAAGAGAAUGUUGGCGUCUCCAGCACAGGGCUUGCAUCAGGAGAGCAAAAACCUCUCUGGACAUUGUGCCAAGUCUCUGUGACUCAAAGACAUAUUCGUUUCAGUGAACACGCUCCGUUCUCCCAUUAUCACAUCAGACCUCUUCUUCAGAGGUAUUUCUGAAAUGCUUUUAACCAAAAAACUUAGUUUUCUCUGUGUUGAAUGAUACCUUCUUACUGCUGACAGUAACCUCUUGAUUCUUUUAUGAUCUCAUCUCUUUUCACUGGACAUCCUGCUUUAAGACGUUCCUGCCCCCUGGAACAUUUCCUUUUAGAUGCACAUGAUUUAUUUUUAUCAAACAGUGGGUUAGCUUUAUGUCCAGUAUCUUACUAACUCAUGGUUACAAGGCUUUAAAUGGAGUAAUAAGCGGCUGCGAUGCGGUUUCAUUGCUUUAAGGAAUCGUUCGACAGGCCUUUCUUUCUUUCUAGUGAAACACUUUCAGAUACUGUUUUCAUAUCAUUUUGUAGUUAACUCUGUAGCAGAAGACUAAACUGGGUCCGAAUUUUUUUUUUUUUUAACCUAGUAACAAGCUCACUUUAUACUAAAAGCUUUAAUGAAUUAUGACAUGAUUCGUCAAGGAGGAGUUGUUCAGAGUGGGCAACAGUAACUAAGCAGUCUACUUUGAAGCUUCAGUAAGUGAGCGCUUGCGAGUCUUACAUUAGCAUCAGGACUGUGUAACCGCGCAAGGUAAACCUCCUCAAGGUCUUCCUAACAUGGGAUGUACUUAUGGUAUCACCACCCGAUUGUGAAGGUGUAGGUCAAGCAAGAUAAAGUUGAGGUGGAUGAUGUCCAAAUGGGUUUUUAUGUCAUCGGAUCUUUGAUUUUCUACUUGUGCACAGUAUCUGUACCAAAAAACUGGAUUUGAGAACUGCAGUCUGCUCCGUUUUAGCAGAACUUCUGUCACGCUUUAAGAGGUCUUUAUUUCAGAGGUAUUUGUAUUGCCUCUAUUUCAAGAUAUACCAAAAAUCUUUGUUAUACCUGUUGCUGUAUAUUGCUACUGUAGCAUAGUUUAAGCCUAAAUAUUUAUGAGCGAAGGCUCUCGUUAGACCACAGGAAAUAUAAUGCAAUAUUUUUGAUCUUCUCCAAAGAUGAAAACCUAGUUCAUUUAUUGUUUUUCUUUUGUUUGAGAUGACCGUCCCUCCUCAAUUUUGUAGUGUCAGUGAAACUAACCAAAUAGAUUGAAGCGAGAACAGGACGUGAUGCUACAGCAUAGGACCAGUUUGAGGUCUGGGGUUGUCCCUUCUGCUGGUCAAUGAGACAUAUGGGGAGUCGUCUCCCAUUCUGUUCAGAUAACUGAAAAAUUGUAAACGCGUAAGUCAUGCAAGUGUGUUCUUAGCUGACAGGAUUUUUGAACAUUUUCCCUUCUUUAUAAUUACAAGGUGCCAGAUUCAGUCCUCCGUAAUCUGAAAUCAGGGACAUCUCUGAAUUUUAAAGAGCCCCUUGUCCCUCCAGCCUAAUGUGUAGGCUAUACCAUGGAGGACAGUAGAGUGGGUCUGAAAUAUGUAAUAAAUGGGUGAGAACUUAAUUAGGGGUUUUAGCUGGAUGGUCUGUUUUGUUUUUCCCUACCAAUGUAAUGCAGCCAUGAUGUAAAGCUUGAACCAAAGUGGAUUUCUCACUAGCUGCUGUGCCUGUGUCGGCCAGUGCAAUGCUGACCACACUUUCACUACUCACUACUGACAAACUUUGCCAUCUAUUACACAUCUUUUAAACCCUACUCUUUUGACUUGCAUUUUCCAACAAAUCGUGUUCAGCAUUCUGAAGAAAUAUAGCUUCUCUAGUGCAGGGCUAUCUUGCUUUAGCGCUCAAUAUCCAAACAUUUAACGAUCCAAAGAAAAUCUCAAGGGCCUUGUGUUUAGUGCUGUUUUUGGCAUUUUGGGAGUCUGUCCUUCGUUUCAUUGUUUUACCUUCUUGGUGAGUCUUUGUUUUGGAUGUAGUUUCAUUCAUUCAUCAAGAUCCUGACGAACCUGUGGCAGUACAGAUGGCUCUCAAAUGGCUUCACAUGAUGAAGAAGAAGGUGGAUUUUUAGGGUUGUAGUGAUACAUUUUGUUGUUGUUGUUGUUGUUGUUGUUAAUGAGUGAUGCAGACAGGCAUUCUGGGAGAAUUACAGUACUGUUUCGUCCAUAGCAUUGCUUUUAACACUCACAUUUUAAAUUCUGUGGCAAAGAGGUCAAGAGUCUCCCAUUACUGUCCCUUUCGUCUUUUGUUACUGUGGCCCUGUCUGUCAGUUUUUGUUAUGAUGACUGUUUUCUAGCGAUGCUAUUUGUAUUUUAUUGUUAAUAUGAUUUGAAAUACCUCAGCAGCACUUACAUGGAAGGUUCACUUUAAGCAAAAGACACCAGAAGUCAACUCCAGAAUGUACAAAAGCUGUUUUUUACAGUCCAAUUUUAAAAUGACCAACAUGUAUAACCAAACUACAAAGUAUAACAGGAAAAUCUGUAAUAAUAAUAAUGUCAUAUAAGUCUACUACUGCUAUUUCAAGUACUACUACUACUACUUAAAGGGUAUGUCCAGGUUAACUUGUAAUGAAUAUUUUGUUAUCCUGUUUGCCAAAGUAAAAAAAGAAAAAGCCUUUGUCUUUGCGGCUGGGUCUUGUUGCUGCUCAUUCCGCUGGUUCUGUCCGGAAAUUUCAAACGUAGCCUCUCUGGACAUGUAGAUUUGUGUGUUGUUUUGCGUGUUAGUGUCAUGAUCCGGUGGUCGCCAGGACUAUGGGGAGUUACUGAUAUAUUUAUCUGAGGAAUUACUCAAAGAUUAGAGAACUUCUUUUCUAAAUUCUAUAUAUAUAUUCACUUAUGUAAGAUGCUCAUAUUUUAUAUUUGAACUAAUAUCUAGUGUGAAUGUAGUGUUUUUGUUAUGCUUAUUCACUAAAAGAAAAAAAAAACUUGAUUUAUAUUAUAACUAUUCUAAAAAAAAUACCAAAAAAAAAAAAGUCCAGACCAAAAAGUGCAACCACACCCUUAUGACGUGGGAGUGGCUGUUGUGUGCCCUGCCCACAUUUAAAUGAGGUUUGUUUGAGUGGGAGGGGCUUGUGAUGGUCCUCACAGCUUUCAUUGACGUAACAGACUUGAUAGCACCAAACUAUUUUUACUUAGAAUUAUUUUUUACAUUUUUGUUGCUUUUAAUGAAUUUAAUUUGCCAUGUUGCUUUUAAACAAUCAUUUGAAUUUACUUUAUGCCUUUUUUUUGUAUAUCAUGAGGGAGCAACGUCACUGGCUUUCUUAGUUUAACAAAAACUUGCAUUAAUCAUUUAUGCCUUACUAUUAUUUCAGAGUUUGACACAUUGUAGUAAACUAUAAUAUGUUGAGGUGAGAGAUGAUUUUGUUUCGGUUGUGAACUCAUGUGUGCGCGCACAUAUGAAAGAGGAUGCAACCGAGCAUGCACCAGUGUCAAACUCAUAUGGUGCAUAUCAACCAUGAAAAUAACGCUGUGAGUUUUAUUUGUGUCUUGUGAUAUUUUAGAGGUGUUGCUACCUAUUUUGUAGGUAAAAUUCAAGCCGGUUGGAUACCUGUUAAAAGCUUUACUAAUAACUCCACUCCAGCUGAUAUGUAGGGGGCGCUAGUGGUGCAUUUACUUUAAAUCAUAAUACUUUAGAGAGGUUCUGUCUGAUGUAAUAUCUUAAAAGUGAGACAUAUCGGUAAGAAAUACAGGAUUUUUUUUUUUUUUUAAGUGGACAUAAGGAAGCAUCAUGCAUAAUUUGAUGCAAUUGACCACUUGGCUGUAAAUGAUAUCUUUUUGAACCUGUGUGCUCAUGAGAUGUUCGGAUGUGAUUUAUCCAAGGAUGUUGAACCUGGCAGCAGCUUUGUACAUUUGAAGUUGUUGUGGAUCCUUUCUGGCACUUGAUUUUUGUGUGUCUGGAUGCUCUGACUUGUGAUUGGAUAGUUUCUCGAUUGUAGCGGGGUUUGGCGCUAUAGACCUUCAGUCCAGUGACAAAAUAGGAUAGUUACAGAAGAGGUCAUGCACCAGAGAGCCGAGCGAGAGCUGGUCUGAGUAAAGGAGCUGUUGUAUACCUCAUUUAUAACUCGAAACGGAGAAAAAAAACUUGCUUUAAUCUACUUCAAAAGAUUAAAUAAUAAAAUAUAUAUUUAAAAAAAAGUUCUGUCCCAGAACAGAAGCCUGCAGAUGUCUGUUUAAAGUUUGGAGUGAGGAACCGGAUGGAUACCCAGAGGACCGCACAAACUGAUGCAUAUUAGAAGCCCACCCCACGAAUUUAUGUUUUGCUUUUGAUACAAAUUUAAGUUCACACUAAAGCGCAUAAAUUUUAUACCAAAGCUUUUUUUAAAGAUUUGACAGCUGUCGUCUUUAUGAACCCCCAACACUUAUUUGUCGCAGGGUUUGUGCCACUGAUUCUUCUGGGUUUGUGGUCUGCUUGUUCCUCGUUUUCUUAUUGGUAACCAAAGACUUUUCAAAGUGAUUGUAUGGACUAAACUCUCUCUACUAGUGCCCUGCCUCAACCAUCAGCUUGUGGUUUUAGAUCAUUGGUCACUCAUGUGGCCAAGUGGUUUUAGUAGAAAGAGGAAGCAAAACUGCUCUGCCGGCUUCUGGAAAGGACUUACAGUAACCCCUCAUGGGCUGGGUGAUGUUUAUUAAUACACGCUGAAGGAUGUCCUGGGCUCACUGCAAUCUGCUCAGGAUAAACUGUCCUCUGUAGUUCCACUCUGUGGCUGCAGCAAGGCAACACUGUUUCUAUGAUUGUCUACAGAAAACACGCAACGUCUCUCCAUAGUCAUCUUUUAGGUGCCGUCAUCCCAUGGUUUUGAUGUUCUGUCGAUGUCUUUUAUCUAGCUUUGCUUUUUCCACUAUCGUGAUUUCAAUUGGUUUUAUCAGCUGUGCAACUAUGCAUCGUUGUCCUCCAUCCUGCAAGGACAGCGUCUGUGCGACACGGUCCUUUUCAGAUGGAAAUAGUUUUAUGCCGAGUGGAGAGUCGAAAGCAACUAUAAGCUCCAUCCCAAAGCAAAAAUAUCCAAAUAUGAAAUGUUUUACAAAUGCAGAUACCAAAGAUUACUCUGUUCUUUUUCCUCUUCCUUCUCAAACCCUGCAGCUUGUGUAUUAAGAAACAGAACCCAGCUCUGACAGUAGUCCUAACCUCAGUAAUUCCAAAGCUUAGAUGUAUAUUUUGGUAUUUUUCUGAGAUGCUUAUGAAAAAAAAAAAGUUUGUCCUUUUUAAUUUUCUUGUUCGUUGGAUCUGUUGCUCUUUUUCUGUCACAGCAUGGAAUUUAACUGCAAAACUGUCUUACUGUAGGUGAAAUAAAUAGUAUUUUUGUAUGUUUUUGGAUUUCGGUGUAUGUGAUAUCAGUUUCACUGCCCAACUUAUCAUUGUUUUUAAACCAAAAUGAAAAAAAAAAAAAAAAGACUGUACAUAAUUAAUUGGUCACUGAUUUAGAAAAUAAAUCCCUCUCUAUACUCUUUCCAUGUAUCAUACGGCUGAAGCUCAAGGAAUGUGUUCCAUUCUCACCUGGUCACAUACUGUAGAUGUCUAUACUUCUAAAUCUCCCUUCAGAACGCUGUAACUCUCUGUUGUAAUAGUGAGGUUUGGUUUGAUUCUGAGUAUCACUACAGACCUGAACUCUAGUGCCACUCAUGGCCUGUUAUCAAGCGAACACACACACACACACACACCCAAGACUGAACGCUAAAUGGCUACAUCACCGUAGCUUAGAUCUGAAUGAUUGUGUAGAAUAUAAGUAUGUGAAUCAGGAUACAUGGUAGAUUUGAUGCAUUUGUCUGCUGUAUUUUGUUUGUUUAUAUAUAUCUUUUACUGUAACUGUACAGUUCUCUUUUGUUGUAAACAUUAAACCAUUUUCCAAGUGUUUUAAUAUUCUAA